AUGAAGCUAUCUCUUGCUGUAAUCCUGCUGGGUGCUCUGCCCAUGGUGCUGGCUGCCAAAGUGCUCAAGUCUGUCAUCGUGACUUUCCCCAAGGGAACGCCUGACUCGGUCGUUACGCAGGCCAAGGAUUCUCUGGUGGCUUCUGGUGGUGUUAUCACUCAUGAAUACCAUUUAAUCAAUGGUUUCGCUGCCGAGGCUCCUGUGAAUGCUCUCCAGACCCUCGCCACACAAGACACCCGGUACAAGCCGGACAUCGAGGAAGAUAAAGUUGUUACUGCGAACGGAGACUACGUGGGCGAUGUUGGAGCAUUUUAA